AUGUUGCAAGGCCCUUCAACUUCUGACCUCAGCGACUUGCCUGGAGAAGCUAGGAAACGUUCCCACUGGUGUUCCAUCGCCUAUUGGGAACACAUGAUUCAAGUUGGACGGCUCUUUGCCGUGUACGACGCCAGCGUAAAUAUCUUUCACGAACUACCUCACGGCGACAGCUACAAAAACGUGGUCAGAACUCGAAAAACGAUCGGUUACUGGUUUAAGUUGUCGAAGGAAGUGGAUGGCGUCUGGGCGUACAACCAGAGUGGCCACACCAUCUUUCUGAACUCUCCCACGCUAGGUAUUCCGAUCUCCAGGACGUUAAUCGUGCGCAAGAUUCCGCCUGGAUUCAACAUCAAGUUUUUCAACUACGAGAGGCCGGAAAUGUUGCAAAGAACUUCGCACUCUGACCUUUAGGACGGGCCGUACGACCCAAACUCGGUUCGGAUCAGCUUCGCGAAGAGCUGGGGCCUUCCUUACUCCAGACAGUUCAUAACCGCCUGUCCCUGUUGAGUAGAAGUACUACUCAAUAUCAAUCAAUGA